CUUGCAGACGAGCAGCGGCUGCAGACUAGGCUCUGCGCACCCCAGUAGGCUCAGCCCUCGGGAUUCCCCAGGCCUGAGGACAAUGGAGUCGGUGGAGAAAUGGCACAAUGAUUUCAUAGCCUUCAAGCUUCUGGACAAAAAAUGUAACUCAAAGAGGAAUGGGGUUACAGGCUUGAUUGUAAAGCACCUUCAGAAAACCUUGAAGAUGCCCAGCUCCUUGCAGCUCUCCUCCUCGGUGGCUCUCUCCCAGCACUACACAGGCUCUUGUCCAAACUUGAUGAUGAAUAGGAAUGAAGCGCUCAAUCGAAAGCCUGACAAUGUAUCCCCUGCACCCCAGCUGCCCACUAGGAAACAUCGAACGCUCUGCUUUUCGCUCUCAUCGGAUGGGGAUGGCCACUCUGAUGGCCUGGUGUCCCAGGGGUGGCGGAGGAGUCUGCAGGCUCAGAUGGAGCAGGCUCACAGUGGUGGAACUGCCAGCAGCACAGGGUCUCUGGAGCGGGCGUCCCUUUUCUGUGCCUCUAGAUCCAAUUCUUCCUCUAGUUCUACCUUGUCCAGUCCAGUGGGUCCACUCACCAAAGCCAAAUCCUCCAGCCGGUUCUCCCUGUUCUCUCCGCCAUCUUGGAACAGCAGCGCCGAGCUGGAUUCCAACCCUCUGUCCUGCUCCAGCUCCAAGAAGUCCCACAACUACAGCCAGAGGGGGGGUGCGAAGCCUGAGGAGCCCAGUGACCCAAAGCCAGGAGGACCGGAAUACUUCAACUUCUCGGAGCCCGUCAUCGCCAGGGUGAUGGACUGCAUCUACCUGGGGAACCUCAAUGCGGCCUACUGCGGGAGGGUGCUGUGCAGGAACAACAUUGACAGCAUCAUCGACAUGAGCAGCCUGCCCAGCAACUGCAGCCUGAGUGUCAUUCCAUGCACAUGCAGCCGAGGAGGGCUCCGGCACAGCUGGUCCCGCCUCAAGGUGGACAUCCAGGGCCCCCUGCAUGGGGAAUGUCCUGCCCUGAGGGAGCCUUGCUUCUGGGACAUCAAUGAGUGCAUUGAAGCCUCUUUGGAGAAAAGGAAGCGGGUUCUCAUCCACUGUCUGGAUGGCUAUUCCCUGGCCCCUACCUGUGUCAUCCAGUACCUGAUGGUGAAGCAUAACAUGAGGCUGAUGGCAGCUUAUGAGUUUGUGAGGGCCAGGUACCCGCUAAACAUCCGUGAGUGCCAUCGGGAUAUGCUGGUGGGCCUGGAGAGGUCUCUGCAGCCCGGAGAUGUGGACAUGGAGCGCUUGAAGCAUUCCAUGUCCCGGAAGGUAGCAUGGACUUAAAAGGACAAUGUGGCGAGGGACGGAGUGCUGUAACUGCUCGGUACUAGCCCUGAAGUGGAACCCGAGGCAGCCCAAAAAAAAAAAAAAUAGCCUUCAUCUCCCUUAACGUGGUGACUGUAGCUGUUCCAUAUGGAAAGAGGACAAUGCUGGUGCAUGCUCUAGAAGCUGUGUGCAACGCAGGUGGCUAUCCUGGGCAGUCGCUGCUGUGGCCAUAGUGCAGCAGAAAUGGAGUGUGGGAAGGUCUCUCAAUCUGUGUAAUGCUUCACAAGUCACUCUGGACAAGGAUUACUGGGAGGAAACCUCAAGGCACACCAAGGUGUGUGUCAGCAAGGUCCUGAGUUGACUCUCUGUAAAGCAGGGCUAGGGGUAAGACAUAGGUUUGUUCAGUGAUUCUGGACAGGUGUUUCUAAUGACCACUGGGUCAUUAGACCUCUCCCUACUGGGAAUCAUAGCUAGGUUCUUAUGGAAGGCACCGUGUCUAUAGCCAAUUCUCUCAACUGUUUUCGGGAUCGGGGGGAAGGGUUGUAAUUUGGGUAAAGAGAACAUGUUAACACCUGAAAACAGGUAGCAAUUCUGGCAUCAGAGCACCCUUUGGGACUGUGAUAACCAGUCUUUGGUUUGUUUAUGAAGGACAUUAAACUAGUGUCUUCUGGUGCCACAUUGGAUUCAUUAUUACAUGACACACAUGGAGCGCCUGUAGUGUGCAAAGUGCUUUCAAGUAGAAGAUACAGCCCCUGUGCUCCAAGUGCUUACAGUCUAAUAAUAGAAAAGAUGAGAAGAUGCGGGAGGUGAGAAAAAAGAUGGGGGAGGGAGGACAAGGGUAACAGCAAUGGCAGUGGGUGAUUGGUUAAUGUAUGCCAGUCGGCUUAGUCUCCCACCAUCUCCUAGCAACAUCUACAUGUGGAUUCCUGAGAGCCCAGGACAACAGUGCAGUAGUCCAAUCUCUGGAUUAUUGGGCAGAUCCUCUGUGGUGUGCCCAGGUCUUGUCUAAACUUCAGACAGGAGGAGCCUGGGCUGAGCUGUUCCUGGAGCCAUGGUCACAUUCAUCAUUCUGGGGGUGUUGUACCAGUUCACCAGCUCCAUGGAAACUCCACCUCUUCCUGAAGUUUCACGUGUCUGCUCCUGGUCAGGGUGGCUUUCGUGUCCUCUGGCAGCAGGUGGCUUCUCCUCUAACUCAGAGCAAAGCUCCUCUCUGAAGGAUCAGAGUUUCCUUACAUUUUCACUAAGUUUCUGCAUGGAUCUUCUCCUCCUUCAGUCUCUAGCUAAGUAUUGCUCUUCUUCAGUCAGAAACUGGUGCCCUUUCUCACACUUGAACAUCAUCACUCUGACUGGCUGUUUGAUUUUCCUGACACUUGUUGGGGUUCCUCCUUGCCUUGGCUUCCAAUUUGAGCCUCUCUGAUUAUUUGUACAGAACAUAAGGAGCUUGCUGGAGUUCCACCUUGCACUUCUGGGCUGCCUGCUCUAAGGGAAACCUCCCAGAGGCCCGUGACCUCUGAUCUCACCCAAGGUUACAAAGGAAGUAGCCUAGUGGCUUUAUCAUCAUACUAACCCAUUGGCUAAUCUAAACCUUUCACUGGAACUUCUGGCCCAUGGUCUGAGGGUGAAUAGGACUGUUUGAUUCCCCCUGUGAUUCAAAAAUACUACACUACUUUAUUAAAACAACAAAGUGACGGGACCAUCAGGUUCUAUGACCUGAGCUCUCCUUAACCUUUCAGCCCAACAUU